UCAACCCCCGGACAACGACAAUCUAAUACGACCCAACAACAGUUUAUUCUUAAAACAUAAACUUAAAAUACAGAUAAAGUUUUUUUUUUGAUAUUUAAAUAUGGCACUUGAUUUUGCAGCUACAUACAAAGUAUUAGUUCUUGGUGAUUCAAAUGUUGGAAAAACAUGCAUUGUCCAUCGUUAUUGUGAUGAGCGUUAUUAUGAUACAUAUAUAUCAACUAUUGGUAUUGACUUUAAACAAAAGAUCAUAAAUCUAGAUGGAACACCAAUCAAACUUCAAAUCUGGGACACAGCUGGUCAAGAACGGUUCAGAACUUUAACAACAGCUUAUUAUAGAGGUGCAAUGGGAAUAUUGUUGAUGUACGACGUGACAUCAUUAGAAAGUUUCAAUCAUUUAUCAUACUGGCUAAGAAAUAUACAAGAAAAUGCAUCACCGGACGUGGUUAAGGUACUGGCAGCAAAUAAAUGUGAAGCAUCAAGUAAUAGAGCUGUAGAAGUUGAACGUGGUCAAAAAAUUGCUGAAAAUUUCGAUAUGCCAUUUUUUGAAGUAUCAUGCAAAGAAAAUAUUAAUAUUGAAGCUGCCUUUUUAACACUUGCCAGAAGAAUACGAGAACAAAGAGGAAGACGAGCAAGUUUGUUUGAAGCUUCAGAACGAGAAGGUACAAAUAGCGUAAUAAAAGCACAGUCCCCAUCGCAACAGGGAGAUGCAUGGAAAUGCUCAUGUUAGCCUACUGGUAAACCAAUUUAAUAAUUAUUAUUAUAAAAUUUUAUACAAGACAAAAUUAAUCAAGCGAAAAUUCAGACGAGUCAAUCAAUUUCGCUAAAAAUAUUUACUGAUAAAUUUUUGUAGGAGAAAUUUUUCUUUAAAAAAAAAAAAUGUUUUUAAUUUUUUUAUAAAUUCAUUAAUGAUUAAAAAAGACUAUUGAAAUCGAGCUAUAUUUUUAUCUCGCAUCUAGAAAAAAAUGGACAAGUAAAAAUUUAAAAAAAAAAAUAAGAUUUAUUUUAAUUUUUUCACUUAAUGCAAGGCCUAUUAGAAAUUAUUAUCUGCACAAUCAAUCAAUCAAUCAAUAAUAUUAUAAAUGAAAUUUAAAAAGUAAAAAAAAGUAUUUGAUAAUUGAUUAUGAAAAAAAUAAAUAAAGACUUCAAGCGUAUUGUGAUCGGGGUCUUGGCUGAGUAAGGUAAAAAUAUAAAAGUAAAAUAUAGAAAAAAAAGAGAGAGAAAAAAAUAAGAAAUUUAAUUGAGGACCAUGAGUUUUAAAUAAAACGUAUUAAAAUUUGAAUGGGGCUUAUGGCCAGUAUGAAAAAUAAAUAAUAUAUUAUUUAAAUUAAAUGGACAUUAUGUGAAUUUUAUUAUAAUUCACAAAGUCAAUUAACGCAACGAUUUAAUCGUUAAUUAAGCGCAAAAUGAUUUAUUAAAAAUCAUGUAGAAAAAUAAAAUUUGUUUAUGUAUAUUCAAAUAGAAAAAUGUAGAAAUAUUUCAUGUUCAAAUAAUGUUGUAUUUAUCAUGAAAAUUAUGUUUUUAUUUUCUUCUUAUAAUUAAUUUUUAUAAUUUUUUUUAUCAAUGAAAUUUUAAAGAAAUAAUUAAUUUACCGUUAUUGCUGACAGUGCAAAAUAAAAGCCUUUAUUGUGCCUACGAAAUAUGAAAAGUAAAAAAAAAAAAUAAUUAAAUAAAGUCGAUAUUGAGCUAUUUUGCUCUUAUACUUAAAUACUACAAGACUUGAUGCUUUUUGUAUGUUUGUAAGGGCAUUAGUCAUGUUUUUUCAUUGUAAAAUAAUAGCUUGAAUUUUUUUUAAACUUUAUAUUAAAAUGGCACAAUCAAAUACAGUAUUAGAAAAAUUAAUUUUUCAACUAUUAAAGUAUAUUUUAAAUAUUUAAUAUGUUAUUUUUAAUUUGACAAAUGUUUUUGUCUAUUUUAGCAAAUUGAUAUUCUCACUGAGGCUUAGGUUUUUUCUGUAGUAAAUGCAAUUUUUGACAUGAAAAAAUCAUUUAUAUAUAUUAUUGUACAAACGUCUGAGUAAUAAAAAAACAAUACUGCCUAUAGAAAAAAAUAAAACUAACUAUAUCUUCUGUGGCCAUUUUCACAGACAUUGUAGCUUUUAAAAAAAAAUUAGAUAAUAAUAUACAAUUGUAUUAUUAGAUUAUAAGUUAGUAGAAAAAAAAAAAUAUUAAAAUUUGAUGUUUCAAUUGAAAAUAUACACACACUUUUUACUGAUAUAUAAAAAAUAUAUUUGAGAUAAAUAUUUCUUUAUAAAUUUAAUUAUAAUUAUACGAAAAAAA